AUGGGCAUCACGGACGCGGGCUCUCUCGGUAAGCUCACGGGGCUGCAGUGGCUGGACCUGAACGGGUGCACGGGCAUCAGGGACGUGGGGGCUCUCGGCAAGCUCACGAGGCUAUGCAUGCUGGACCUGAACGGGUGCACGGGCGUCACGGGUGUGGGCUCUCUCGGUAAGCUCACGGGGCUGGGGAGGUUGGGCCUGAGCAGGUGCAUGGGCAUCACGGACGCGGGCUCUCUCGGUAAGCUCACGGGGCUGCAGUGGCUGGACCUGAACGGGUGCACGGGCAUCAGGGACGUGGGGGCUCUCGGCAAGCUCACGGGGCUAUGCACACUGAACCUGAGCGGGUGCACGGGCAUCACAGACGUGGGGGCUCUCGGGUCCGUGGACGCUUGGCUGGACCUGAACGGGUGCACGGGCAUCAGGGACGUGGGGGCUCUCGGCAAGCUCACGAGGCUAUGCAUGCUGGACCUGAACGGAUGCACGGGCGUCACGGGUGUGGGCUCUCUCGGUAAGCUCACGGGGCUGGGGAGGUUGGGCCUGAGCAGGUGCACGGGCAUCACGGACGCGGGCUCUCUCGGUAAGCUCACGGGGCUGCAGUGGCUGGACCUGAACGGGUGCACGGGCAUCAGGGACGUGGGGGCUCUCGGCAAGCUCACGAGGCUAUGCAUGCUGGACCUGAACGGGUGCACGGGCGUCACGGGUGUGGGCUCUCUCGGUAAGCUCACGGGGCUGGGGAGGUUGGGCCUGAGCAGGUGCACGGGCAUCACGGACGCGGGCUCUCUCGGUAAGCUCACGGGGCUGCAGUGGCUGGACCUGAACGGGUGCACGGGCAUCACGGACGCGGGCUCUCUCGGUAAGCUCACGGGGCUGGGGAGGUUGGGCCUGAGCAGGUGCACGGGCAUCACGGACGCGGGCUCUCUCGGUAAGCUCACGGGGCUGGGGAGAUUGGGCCUGAACGGGUGCACGGGCGUCACGGACGUGGGCUCUCGGUGCACGGGCAUCACGGACGCGGGGGCUCUCGGCAAGCUCACGGGGCUGCAGUGGCUGGACCUGAACGGGUGCACGGGCAUCACGGACGUGGGGGCUCUCGGCAAGCUCACGGGGCUAUGCACACUGAACUUGAACGGGUGCACGGGCAUCACAGACGUGGGGGCUCUCGGCAAGCUCACGGGGCUGCAGUGGCUGGACCUGAACGGGUGCACGGGCAUCACGGACGUGGGGGCUCUCGGCAAGCUCACGGGGCUAUGCACACUGAACUUGAACGGGUGCACGGGCAUCACAGACGUGGGGGCUCUCGGCAAGCUCACGGGGCUGCAGUGGCUGGACCUGAACGGGUGCACGGGCAUCACGGACGCGGGCUCUCUCGGUAAGCUCACGGGGCUGCAGUGGCUGGACCUGAACGGGUGCACGGGCAUCACGGACGCGGGCUCUCUCGGUAAGCUCACGGGGCUGCAGUGGCUGGACCUGAACGGGUGCACGGGCAUCACGGACGCGGGCUCUCUCGGUAAGCUCACGGGGCUGCAGUGGCUGGACCUGAACGGGUGCACGGGCAUCACGGACGUGGGCUCUCUCGGUAAGCUCACGGGGCUGCAGUGGCUGGACCUGAACGGGUGCACGGGCAUCACGGACGCGGGCUCUCUCGGUAAGCUCACGGGGCUGCAGUGGCUGGACCUGAACGGGUGCACGGGCAUCACGGACGUGGGGGCUCUCGGCAAGCUCGCGGGGCUAUGCAUGCUGGACCUGAACGGGUGCACGGGCGUCACGGGUGUGGGCUCUCUCGGUAAGCUCACGGGGCUGCAGUGGCUGGACCUGGGCGGGUGUACGGGCAUCGCGGGUGUGGGGGCUCUCGGGUCCGUGGACGCUUGGCUGGACCUGAGCAGGUGCACGGGCAUCACGGACGUGGGGGCUCUCGGCAAGCUCACGGGGCUAUGCACACUGAACCUGAGCGGGUGCACGGGCAUCACAGACGUGGGGGCUCGCGGUGGGCUCACGGGGCUGCAGUGGCUGGACCUGAACGGGUGCACGGGCAUCACGGACGUGGGGGCUCUCGGCAAGCUCGCGGGGCUAUGCAUGCUGGACCUGAACGGGUGCACGGGCGUCACGGGUGUGGGCUCUCUCGGUGCACGGGCAUCACGGACGUGGGGGCUCUCGGCAAGCUCGCGGGGCUAUGCAUGCUGGACCUGA